AUGGAGAGUGGAGCAGGAAAGCACUGGACUGAGGAAGAGGUUAAAGCUUUGCUAAGUAUCUGGGCAGAAAAAAAUAUACGAAAACAACUUUAUGGAACACUGAGAAAUAAAGGAAUAUUUAUUUACAUUGCUAAAAGGCUGCAAGCACUAGGAGUAUACAGAGAUUGGAAACAGUGCCGGGCAAAGUACAAAAAUCUCAAAUAUGAAUACAGAACAGUUAAAUAUGCCCACAACUCUGGAGACAGCUCUAAAACUAUGAAGUUCUUCCAUGAUUUGGAUGCGAUCCUGCAGUAUGAACCUGCCACACAAUUAACAGAGGAAGAUGCAAAUGACAGGUGCCUGGCAACGCUGAGCCAAAGUACAGCCCCAGAGAUCACCGAAGGCAAAAUGUCAGUUACAUCAGUAGACAAGGAAGACAUCUCAGGAAAUCCUUUACUCUUGGUUUCUCAUGUGAGACCAAUGGAACUAGGUAACUCUACACCAAUAAUGGAACCCCCUAAUAAUCCAAUCUUCAUUCCAACUGUAGCAAAUGAAGGAGGAAAACACUGGACUGUGCCAGAAGUCAGGGCUCUGAUAGGCAUCUGGUCUGAUAAAGGCAUACAACAACAACUAGAAGGAACAGUGAGAAAUAAAAGGAUAUUUGAACAAAUUGCUGCCAAGCUUCAGAAACUUGGAAUAGAGAGAGACUGGAAGCAGUGCAGAACAAAGUACAAAAACUUAAAACAUGAAUACAAGAUUGUAAGAAUGGCUCAAGACCUAGGCAUGACUAAGAGUAUGAAAUUUUUUACUGAGUUGGAUGCUAUUCUGAGACACAGUAAAAUAGAAAACUCACAAGAACAGGAAUCCCACGAUGGAAAGCAAGCCACAGAAUGUGCCAAUGUAAAAAUGGAAGAGGAUCAGACAGUCAUUGCUGGAUAUGCAGCUGAAGAUGACUUGGUCAAUAAUAUGUCAGAAGACCUAAGAGAGACAGAUAUGAGACAAAGCCCUGGCACAGAGGAAGACACUGUAAGUACAGCCUCAGAAGAGGUGGGCGGCCCCACAGCACCACACAGUAUCACUGGGUCAGGUAAUCAUAUUCCUUUAGAAGAUGCUAAAAGUCAUUUACAGAUUAUAACAGUGAGCGACACAGAGGCUGGAAAACACUGGUGUGACAAUGAGGUCAGAGCACUUAUAAACAUAUGGUCUGAUGAAAAAAUUAAGCAAAUGCUUGAAGGGGCCACAAGAAACAGAGAAAUAUUUGAGGAAAUUGCCAGAAGACUAAUGCAGUUUGGAAUAGACAGAGACUGGAAACAAUGUUGUACCAAAUACAAAAAUUUAAAAUAUGAAAUUUUACAAAAGAAAAAUGGCAACCCUGAAAGAAAAAUGAGAUUUUAUGAAGAAGUUGAUGGCCUCCUAAAACGACCAUCUCUCAGAACUGCCAAAUGGAAACAUGAAUUAUUUGAAAGUCAUACCAAAAACCCAAGAACUUUGAGCAUCAAGAGGAAAGCACGUGAAGAUGAACCGGUGUCAGUGUCUCUAAAGAAAACUGCUCCUGAGAUCACUGCAAAUCAGUUUCCUCAAAGAACAACAGAACCAAAAGAUUCUACAGAAUGUUUUUGCAGUCAGGAAAUCCCCUACGUGACCCAACUUCAUCAGGGUCCUGCCCCUCCUCCUGCCGCGGCUGCAGUCCUCAGACCGCUCCGGACAAUGGCGACGGCCGAGGUACUGAAGAUUGGUAAAAAACUCUAUGAGGGUAAAACAAAAGAAGUCUACGAAUUGUUGGAUAGUCCAGGAAAAGUCCUCCUACAGUCCAAGGACCAGAUUACAGCAGGAAAUGCAGCCAGAAGGAAUCACCUUGAAGGAAAAGCUGCAAUCUCAAAUAAAAUUACUGUUUGUAUUUUUCAGCUGUUACAGGAAGCAGGUAUCAAAACUGCUUUCACCAGAGUAUGUGGAGAGACAGCUUUCAUUGCACCUAAGUGUGAAAUGAUUCCAAUUGAAUGGGUUUGUAGAAGAAUAGCAACUGGUUCUUUUCUCAAAAGAAAUCCUGGUGUCAAGGAAGGAUAUAAGUUCUACCCACCUAAAGUGGAGAUGUUUUUCAAGGAUGAUGCGAAUAAUGACCCCCAGUGGUCUGAGGAACAGCUGAUUGCUGCAGAGUUUUGCUUUGCUGGACUUGUUAUAGGCCAAACUGAAGUGGAUAUCAUGAGUCAUGCUACACAGGCUAUUUUUGAAAUACUGGAGAAAUCCUGGUUGCCCCAGAACUGUACACUGGUUGAUAUGAAGAUUGAAUUUGGUGUGGAUGUAACCACCAAAGAAAUUGUUCUUGCUGACGUUAUUGAUAAUGAUUCCUGGAGACUCUGGCCAUCAGGAGAUCGAAGGCAACAAAAAGACAAACAGUCAUAUCGUGACCUCAAGGAAGUAACACCUGAAGGGCUGCAGAUGGUAAAGAAAAAUUUUGAGUGGGUUGCAGAAAGAGUAGAGUUGCUUCUGAAACCAGAAAGUCAGGGCAGGGUUGUAGUAUUGAUGGGCUCAACCUCUGAUCUUAGUCACUGUGAAAAAAUUAAGAAGGCUUGUGGAAAUUUUGGCAUUCCAUGUGAACUUAGGGUAACAUCUGCCCAUAAAGGACCAGAUGAAACUCUGAGGAUUAAAGCUGAGUAUGAAGGGGAUGGCAUUCCUACUGUAUUUGUGGCAGUGGCAGGCAGAAGCAAUGGUUUAGGACCAGUGAUGUCUGGUAACACUACAUAUCCAGUUAUCAGCUGUCCUCCCCUCACUCCAGACUGGGGAGCUCAGGAUGUGUGGUCUUCUCUUCGAUUACCCAGUGGUCUUGGCUGUUCAACCAUACUUUCUCCACAAGGAUCAGCUCAGUUUGCUGCUCAGAUAUUUGGAUUAAACAACCAUUUGAUAUGGGCCAAACUACGAGCAAGUAUAUUGAACACCUGGAUUUCCUUGAAGCAGGCUGACAAGAAAAUCAGAGAGGUCAAUUUAUAGGAAAGAAUAUCACUGCAUUUUUUUAGAAGAAAAACUAUAAAUUUCUAGUUUAGCUGCAGAAAAAAAAUCAAGCAGGAUGAAAAGAUUUUAAAUCAAUCAGAGAAAACAAAUUUUAUAAUUGAAUAAAUGCUUCUCU